AUGUUCAAUUUAAAAAGAAGAACUUCAGGCAAGAUUGACCCCAGCGUCUCGACCUUACAGAACUAUCUUAGAAUACGUUCAGUACAUCCGAACGUUAACUACAAUGAAUGCAUCAACUUCCUCAAAAAUGAAGCUGAAAAGAUUGGACUGCAAGUGCAAGUGGUCGAACCUUUGCCAAAGAAGCCGACGUUGGUAAUGACCUGGUUAGGAGAGCAGCCUGAGCUGCCAAGCAUAUUACUCAACUCUCAUAUGGACGUGGUGCCUGUCUUCGAGAACAGCUGGAAGCAUCCUCCCUUUGCUGCUGAAAUAGAAGACAACAUAAUUUACGCUAGAGGAGUUCAAGAUAUGAAAUCGGUUGGAAUUCAGUACAUUGAGGCCGUGAGGAGGCUGAAGGAAACCGGCGUCAAGCUCAAAAGGACUGUGCAUCUGUCAUUUGUACCCGACGAGGAGAUUGGUGGCGCUACUGGAAUGGGGAAGUUCGUCCAGACGGACGACUUCAAAAACUUGAAUGUUGGGUUCGCUCUCGAUGAGGGCGUCGCAUCCCCGAACGAUGAUUACCUGGUCUUCAAUGGCGAAAGAAUAAUUUGGCAUGUGAAAAUCACUUGUCCCGGAAAAUCCGGUCACGGUUCCCUUCUGCUCCCGGACAACUGCGGCGAAAAGUUGCGGUACAUAAUUGAUAAGUUCAUGGACCUGCGUCAGGAGUCCGUUAAAAAGUUGGCUGACAACCCACAGCUAACCAUCGGUGACGUCACUAGCGUCAACCUCACCAUGAUCUCCGGAGGUAUACAGAACAAUGUGGUUCCUGAACAAUUUACAGCCAACUUCGACCUUCGCAUAGCUCUGAACGUCGAUUUAAAAGAAUUCGAAAAUAUGAUUCAGAAAUGGUGUACUGAAGCUGGUCGCGGCGUCACGUACGAGUUUGAGCAGAAGGAUCCUUACACCACACCAACUCAGCUAGACGAUGCCAACAUUUACUGGAAAGCGUUCAAACAAACCGCACAGGAACUGGGAAUGUCAAUUAAGCCUCAAACGUUUACGGGAGGCACCGACAGCCGCUACCUUCGGGAACUUGGCAUCCCGGCGCUGGGCUUCUCGCCGAUACACAACACCACACCCGCGCUGCAUGAGCACAACGAGCAUCUAGGCUUGGACGUCUUCAUCAAUGGAAUAGCGGUGUACCAGAGCAUCAUAAGAGCUGUAGCUAAUGCCUAACUCUUUACUUGAAUAAAAUCA